UCGUCGCAGCCAGACGCCUACGCCGUGCUCGAGUCGGCCUUCCGCCCGUCGCCCCAAUUGCCCUCGCAGGCCCGGCCACCACGUCGCAGCGACGAGCACCGCAACCUCUCGCAUGCCGCCCGCCCGCUGUUCAUCAGACUGGACACGUCGCAGACGGACAAUGACUCCGAAUCGCUGUUCGACAGCCAGCAGCCCACCCCCCUCGAGCCGCCGCGCGCAUUGACCGAGCCAGACGCCGGCUUCCCGCCCACGCCGCCCACCCUCUCGCACGACGGCCGCGCUGCCGACACCCUGCAGUCGCGUCCGCUCGCCCACAACCAAGACGACGACGCCGCCAUGGCCGACCUCGCCUCGAAGCGCCAGUCCUUCACCACCCCGGUCAACGCGCGCAGCCCGCCGACGCCCGACCCCAGUCCGCCGCGCAGCCACGAGUCCGUCGCCGUCGCCGAGCGCCCACACCUCCUCGCCCACCCGUCGUCGAGGGCCGAAUCGUUCAUGACGGCGCGGGAGGAUGCAGACUCGUCCAAUGCCAGCGACAGCCGGUGCAUGACGCCUCUGAACGACCGGCUCGAUAUAGCCCAAGAAGACCGAGGGCUGUGGCUGGCUUUUGGGCACGACGACGAUGCCACGCCAACCAACCGAGCGCGGCCCUGGUUCCCUGAAAGUGAGGCUGACACGACCGCUGGUGCUGAAGAGUACAAGGAGCCCCCCGUCCCAGCCACGGUCCACACGCCAGAACGGGAAUGGGACGACAACCUGAUGCGCAAUGUCACCAUUCGCAAGAAACGAAACACAACAUCUCCCCGUAAGACGUCCGAGCCCAUCCAUGUCGGGACGACUGGCUCGCCCGUGCCCAGCACAAAGGGCCGUCGCAGCUCCAGCCUGCGCGAACGCGUCCAGGCGAGCAGCAACAGUCCACACACGCCGUCGAUUGAAGACUUUGCCCAGUUCAUUGGUUGGCCGCCGCCAGACAAGGACACGCCAACGCACAAGCCGCGGGCCCGCGACGUCAGCAACAAGCGCCUCUCCACAGCAUCGGUGAGCUCGACCGUCGUCGAAGCCAUGGUCUUUGUAAACUCCCCACAAAAGAGGCAGACACUGCGCCACUCAGGGAGGAACCUGGCCUUGAGGAGAGACUCUGACCCGCCCACGGAUCGAGGCUCCACGGCUUUCUCGAAUCGCCAUUCCAUGAUUUCCGAUGCCGUCCCACUCCACCGAUUGAUCCAUAAGAAGGCCAGCGUCGCUGACAGGAGGAAGAGGAUGAGUGUCGAGUCAGACACACUAGGCGUCGAGCGUAACAUGUCUCCCUUCUCCACCAUGUCCUCCCGGACGACCAUCGAUAGCUCCGCCUCCACGCUCGCCCAUCAGGAGUCCAUUCGCAGGGUGUUCCAACCCGCCUCCGACAUAGUGAGCAGGUCAAGCUCAGUCACACGGUCCCAGCAAAGCUACCAUGUGCGUGGGUCGUCUGCGCCAGAGAUAACAAUACCACGAAAGCCAGCACCUAGUCGCAGGAACUUUUCAGAAAUCUCUCCCCCAUCCAGUCCGCAGCCACCCGCUGUACCUCCCCAAGCACCUGCAGUCGUACACGCACCACAACCCCCAAUCUCACCAGUGCCAUCACAGGGUCCGCUUACGUCACGGAUGAGGCGGCAACGGCGGAGUGUAGUAGACCUAAAACAGUCCGCCGACGUCAACAAGACUCUACCCGAUCUUCCCGCAAAGAGACAUGCACAGCAAGCAGUGUUGCUGGACAUAAACGAGGUUGCAGAGGAGAAGCGUCCGCCUUCUGCGUUGUUGGAUAGGGUACGACUGCUGGUCGCCGAGCGUGAAGCUGUAGAUGUCGUGGCACCAAGCCCUGCACUACAAGAGUCUCCGGUACUCUCACAACGAGCUCAAGUUUCGCCCGUGUCGCAAUCGACAUCCCCUCGCAUUCGACGCGGCUCGCGGUCUUCAAGAGGACGAUCUGAAGAGCGACGGCUCAGCUUGCUCAGUCAGGACCGCAGUUCCCCAUCUCAGGAUGCUCACCGCCCAAGCCCAGACCAGUUGUCGGUUGAGGGCAUGUAUCGUCGCAGUCAUGACGGCGCUCGCAGGCCAUCCGAAGAAUUCAGACGCACGAGCUUCGACAGAUAUACUGCGCGCACAGAGGAGCACGCCAUGGCUCGCCACCUAUACGCGCAGUCGACGCCCUUCUCCCAGCUCUCCGACACGCCAAUCGAAGUCAGCGAAGCAACCGCCGUCAGCAUCUACCCGCACAACAACCACUCCCUGCUCGUCGUGCAGCAACUCUCCCGCGGAAACUCCAUGUUCCCCGACCCGCGGCAGGUGAUAGAGGAAGAUUCCCCCGAGCAGUUCUACGAGUUCCGCUCCACGCCCACCCCACCCUUUGUCGACGCCAGCGAAAUCCACGAAGAGCAGGAAGAUUACUUCCAGCCCAUGCUCACCGUCGAGCCCUCAACGCCCAUCUCACAAACCGACUUAUACCAGCCCGACGGCGUGGACUCCCCGCUCGAGAACCCCCGCGCCCCCCCGGAACCCCCCAUGAUCAUGUUCAUCCCGCCGACGCCCGCCGAGGAACUCGAGCGCCAACUCGCCCCCGGCCCGCCCAAACGCACCGACUCGCACUCGCAGCCCCAGCCCCAGCUCACCCUCGUACAACGCGCGCGCCGCUACUCAAACGACCUCCUCACCCCGCUCCUCACACGCCGCGGCUCCCAAUCCCGCGCCCGCUCUCGCUCCCCGAGCGCAACUUCCCAGUCCUCGUCCACCCGCCGCAGCCCCCGCGCUCAGAGCACACACAACGAAGAUGGCACGCUACACCCCUUCUGGCGCCCCCGCGCCUACUACGACGGCACUUCAGACGAUUACUACGACGAUGACGACGAGUCCGAUGAAGAAGAUGACACUCUCCCCCUCGGCGGCGACACCUCGGACGUCGACGACUACGAGCCCCCGCUCGAGCCGGAAAAACAAACCCUCAAACGCCGUCUGACGAACGGGUUCCGCGCCCCGCCUUCGACGGCAGAUGGCAGCGGUGGUUUCCUAAUCGGCAACUCCCUCGGCGUAGAGCGCAGCGGCACGAAUCGCCGCCGCCAUCACGUUACGCUGCCUGCGGAUUUCUCACCCGGUCGUGUUGCCAAGCGGGGGAGUAGGGAGAAUCUGCGGCAUGAGGCGCAGGGGUUUGACAGUUAUCGGCGAAGAGCGUCGUGGAGGAGUGGGAGGGGGAUACCGGGGUUGAAGGGCGUGCAGGUCCAGUAUAUUGGGCUUAGUGGGGUGAGGGAACGGUGGCAGGAACGGAGUAAGGAGAAGAGGAGGGAUAAGAUUCGGAGGAGUAUUGGGACGAGGUAUUAUGUUGAGAAUGUUGGU